AAUCUCGAGGAACUGCGGGGCUCUCUGGCAGCCUUCGCCGCCGCUCGUGAUUGGGAUCAGUUCCACACCCCGCGCUCACUCGCGCUCGCGCUCACGGGUGAAGUCGGAGAGCUGUGCGAGUGCUUUCAGUGGCGCGGCGACGCGGCCUGCGCGCCGGGCUUGCCAGGGUGGACUGACGCCGACCGCACCCACCUCGGAGAGGAAAUGGCCGACGUACUCAUGUACUUGGUCCGCCUCGCCGAUCGCAGCGGGAUCGACCUGCCAGCAGCGUGCGCUGCCAAGCUGGAGCGCAACGGUCAAAAAUACCCG